GUCACUGUCAUAAACAGCUGUAGUUCAUUUCACAAAUAAUCAACAAUAGAAAUUAAUUAUAAUUUUUCGUAAAAAUGAAUGAGGAAAUAGAUGAAUAUGAUAUUUAUCAUCAGGACUUUACGACUGCUUCAGAAUGGGAAGUACUAAUAGCACGAUUAGAAGAGAUAAUCGUUGAAUGGAACCUAUCUAAAAUUAAAUUGUGUAAAACAAGUCCAGAAUACACAAAGAAGUGGCUUGCUAAAUCUGAGGAUAUAAAGUUUCGAGGCUUGAGUUUUACACUAACGUACAACGCAUUAGAACCUGUAAAAAGCCAAGACAGUGAAAAAGAACCAGAAGAAAAAUGUUUGUUAACUGAAAUUCAACAGUGUCUCUGGGAUUCCACAACAAACUUUAUGGACAACGUUGACGGAAGUCCAUUUCCAGUGUCGAAUUGGUUUGGCCUCAAAAGGUACCUCAUGUUGUAUCCCAAAGCCCCACUUGUUGAUGGGAGCAUAAUAAAACUCAUUAUGAGUUCUGUUAAUAUUGCAUUUUCAAUUGUUGAUUGUGGCAUUCCAUUUUUUGUUAAAAUACGGGAACACUGGCAACAUACUUACUUAGGGAUUUUUGAAGACAAUGAUUAUAAAAUAAGUUUUGAUGUAAUACAUCUGAAGCGGAUAUCAAAUCAGUGUUCACAUCUUAGUGGCCUCGUAAGCUUGUUUAAGUCUAAGAUAUCAUCGCCAGUGCCUCUCGAUGCUGUUGUUAUAUCUACAAAGUUUUCUUAUGAGCUAAAAGAUUCGGAUUCUUUCACAUGGAGAAAGAGAACUCAUUCCAAUGAGUUCUUGUCAAUUGACGGGUUUGAUGUUAAAAAGCUAAUUGAGUUACCAUUUGGUUCUGAGAACAACCCUCUACAUAGUGCUUUACUUAAUGCAAUAUGGCCCCAUUUUCGGGAAAGUGCAAUUGUUGACUCAUCUACAUUUUCCGACAUUGAUCCCAUUAUGGCACCUACAUGGACAAUCACUCUUAAAUUAAGAGACAACAUCAAUUGUCUGCUAUCAGAAAUUAUUAGAAAGGUGAUGAAUUUAUUAGACAGAGAUAGCUUACUAAUGGAUGUGCUUGGAUUAAGCAAAAGUCUGGGUUUGGUGAACCCGUUAAAUAAGAUUACAGAAGCCCCUAUAACAAUUUCUAAACUGGUUAAAGCAGCAGUAGGUAGAAACACUCACUUUACAGAAUUCAAGGGGCCAAUUACUGAUGACUUGUUGAUGCCUUUGCUGUAUUAUGUAUUUCCUGAUGCUGUGGAAGAUGAUACUUUCCCUUAUCCCAAAACAUUGGAAAUUGAGAGUAAAAAGGAUGGUGCAGAAUUAAAGUUAUGUAAAUAUGUAAAGACGAGUCCUGAAGAUGGUUUGGUGUGGCGGCUGUCAGUCACUUCGGCGCGGCUGAUGGACGCCGGUGGGUUACCAUACCUCGCACAUUUCUGGUAUGAGUUUACUCAAGAGCUGCAGUAUAGAUGGGAGCACAGAAUACUCGUGCCUGGAGUGGUGGAAGGCGCUCCGAAUGCCCGCUCGUGUCUGCUACAUCAAAAGUUGCAACUUCUGAACUGCUGUAUCAAACGAGCCCAGGAAGGAUCUGCUGCAGGUUACUCUUCAGAAGAAGAGUUCUUUGAUUGUUCAGAGGACGAAGGCACGGAAGAGCAAUUGCCCUGGGAUCGGCCCGUAGGGCGUCUAAAUCGUCUAGACAACACAACACUAAAAAAUGGAGCACCUCUCUACAUUCCACGAACUCAGGAUCCUGCGCCUAAAACUGAGGACCAAUUGGAAGAAGACGCUGAGCUCAUGGUUCGCCUAGGUGAUGAUGCUAAAGCAUCGGAACUUCGUGCAAGAAUGAUGAGCGCUUCCCUUUUAUCUGAUAUGGAAGCAUUCAAAGCUGCAAAUCCAGGUGCUGAAUUAUGUGAUUUUGUACAUUGGUAUUCACCACGUGAUUGGAAGCCUGAUGACGGUGGUUCAUUAGGAGAUCGAAUGCUUUUACCAGGGAAUCCUUGGGUUGAAGCUUGGAAUGUCGCGCGACCCGUGCCUGCAGCACGACAAAGGCGUCUUUUCGACGAGACGCGUGAAGCUGAGCAGGUAUUGCAUUUUCUGAGAUCCCGCACAAUAGGUGGCGUGGCGGAACUAUUGUUACCAGCUAUUCUUAAAGCCGGUGCAAUAAAGGCUAUCUCAGAAGGUGCUACAGCAACUUGUUCGACAAUAGUAGCUGGAGUAGAUAAAAGGCGUUCUUUUGAGAUAGCUGCAAGAGAAUUAUUAGAAGCUGAAAGAGAAGCUUGUCGGUCCAUAUGCGUCCGUAAAGUUUUAGGCAAUAGUGCUGAAGGUAAACCGUUAGAUGUAGCCGGUAGGUCAAGAGUUUUAAACGCAAUGGGUGGUGCUUUGCCUGCCCCAGCUUUACGAGAAUUUACUCUGAGGGUGAAAGAUGAAGUGGGUCCACAAGUGAUGCGAGCUGCUCUCUCUAAUGAAAUGACUAUUAUAGGAGCGUUUACUGAACGCAUAGUAUGUUUGUAGUUGUUAUUGUGUGGGAAACAAUGCACUCAUAGUAUUCAAAGUUCUUUGAUAGGAAUGUCAGGUCAAUUUUCAUGUCAAAACUUACUUCAGUGCUACCUUUUGGAAUUGCUAGAUUUAAUUCAAAAAAGCUUAAUUUUUGAGCCUUCAAGUGAAAUGAUAAUGCUAUUGAUAUUGAUAUUAUAAUUUUUUUUUCAACUUUUCGUGGGUUCGUUAAAGACAUUGGGUUGUUAAGAUUGUUAAGAAAGUUAAGAAUUGAAAAGAAUUCACUUGGUAUUGAAUUGAUAAAAGUUUUUAAUGUAAUAACUAAUAAGUAUGCGGAUAGUUUUGUGAUCGCCUAGGCCUAAGAAGUUGUUGACUGAGUUAUAAGAUGACGUCAGUAAUAAGAUAGAUUAAACUUUUAAUUUUAGCCGUAUACGCUAGAAUUGCUAGUUUUGUUGUAUAGUUGAUGAUUUUUUUAUCAAGUAAGUUAUAGUCUCGUUGAAUGUUACUAUUAUACGUAAGAGUUAAAUGUUCUAGAGUGAAGUUAAGCGUGCAAUUAUAUUUUAUUUCUAUAUUAGGUAAUACUUAUCUAUUUAUAUCUACAAAUUAACAUAAAUAUCCUCUUAUGCAAAGUGUCUUAUGGCUAGGAAGCUGCUGGUACCAUCGGUUUAUGAUAAGUUCGUCGUUGAGAGUGAUAGGUAUUCGAGUAGUGAAACUGGGUUUUUGUUGCAAAAAUUAGACUACAUACAAAAGUAUUCUUAAUAUUUCGAUAUAUCUAAUAUUCUGUCAGUGUAAGCCGUUUAUUCAAUAGGGGAAAUCUAACUUUUUUCGUGAGUUAGAUAUCCUAACUCAUGAAAAAAGUAGGUAAUAAAGAGGUAGAUUUCCCCUGAUAAAACAUCAAAAUGUGUAUACCUCAGACAGACCUAAUUGUUAUCUUAUUUUUGUCCUUAACUCUGUCAUUUACAAUAUAAUUAGUAGGUAAGAAAACACAAAAACAUAAAAAAUUGCAAUUGAAAAAUUGGCUCUAUAUUUUGUCAAAAACUAAUAUAAAUAAUGUGUUAUAUUAAUACCGUGUAUUAUGUAGCAUCCUGAGACGCAAAAUUUUGAAGAGUCAAUUACGCUCCAUAACUGCAAAUCAAAUUCUAUUUAUAACUUUUACAGUAUAUACAAUGUUUUUUUUUUUUAAUAAUAAUUCUCCACUUAUAGUCUGUUUUAGUCAGAUUUCUUAAACCCAAUGUUGCCUGGCAUUGCAGAAACCCGUACUUUUGUAUUCCACUUCUAACUUUGUGUUUCUCUUACUAUUUUUGUAAGAGAAACACAAAGUUAGAAGUUAGAGUUUACUGCCACCAGCUUCCUACUUGGCUAUUUAUUGUAAGUUGUGAAAAAAAUGAAUUUCACUGUGCACAAGUUAUAUCAUCUCGGAACAUCGCUGUUGUUAAUAUGUAAAUUUUAUACAAAGAUAACAUGAAUGUACAUCAUACAUAUAAAUAUUA